AUGGUGCUUAUCACGUCAGGGCGCUUUGCUACGGCAGCCGUAGUGCUGGGCCAGUCUCUUUCGGUCCUCGCUAAGACCUCUAAUCCAAUUCAUGUUGAUGGCACCUCUUUCGCUCUCAACGGAGACAACGUCUCAUAUCGCUUCCACGUCGACAACACGACCGGCGAUCUAAUCAAUGAUCAUUACGGCGGACCUGUCGCCGAGGAUACCAUCACAGCUGAGAUCGGCCCUGUUCAAGGCUGGGUCGGCUUACUUGGUAGAGUCCGACGAGAGUUUCCUGACCACGGCAGAGGAGACUUCCGACUGCCGGCCUUCCAGAUUCAACAAGCCAGCGGUACCACCGUCACCGACUUCCGAUACAAGUCAUACGAGCUUGUAGAGGGAAAACCUAGUUUGAAUGGUUUGCCCUCUACCUUUGGAGAUGCCGGAGACGUCUCAACGCUCGUUGUUCACAUGUACGACAACUACAGCUCCAUUGCCGCCGACUUGACGUAUUCUGUAUUCCCAAAAUAUGACGCCAUCGUGCGAAGCGUGAACAUCACCAACAAGGGUAAUACGACAAUCAACCUCAAGAAGGCUUCCAGCUGGAGCGUCGAUCUUCAACAGGAAAAUCUUGAUAUGAUCGAGAUCAAGGGUGAUUGGGCCAGAGAAGGUAUGCGCGUACGCCGCAAAGUCGAUUUUGGUACACAAGGAUUCCAGAGCUCCACUGGUUACUCUUCUCAUCUGCACAACCCAUUCCUCGCUCUUGUUUCGUCAGAGACUACCGAAACUCAAGGCGAAGCCUGGGGAUUUUCCCUUGUGUAUACUGGCUCUUUUGCUGUCGAUGUUGAGAAGAGCUCCCAAGGCAUCACUCGCGCCAUUCUUGGGCUUAACCCCGUUGAUUUUGCAUGGCCACUCAAGCCUGGCCAGACUUUUACCACUCCCGAGGUGGUGUCAGUCUUUUCGAACAAGGGUGUCGGUGGUAUGUCCAGACAGUAUCAUCGUCUGUACAAGAAGCAUCUCAUGAAGAGCAAAUUCGCUGAAGAAACCCGCCCUGCGCUCCUCAACAGCUGGGAAGGUCUAGCGUUUGAGAUUAACGAAACGUCGAUCUACAAGAUUGCCAAGCAGUCUGCUGAUCUUGGCAUCAAAUUGUUCGUUAUGGACGACGGCUGGUUUGGCAAUAAGCAUCCUCGUACUGCCGAUACAGCAGGUCUAGGCGACUGGCAGCCUAAUAGGGAGCGAUUUCCGGACGGAUUGACGCCGCUAGUUGAGGAAAUUACUGACCUCAAAGUGGCCAAUUCUUCUGAAAAGCUCAAGUUUGGAAUCUGGGUUGAGCCUGAAAUGGUGAACCCUGAAUCGGAUCUGUACGACGAGCACCCGGAAUGGGCACUUCACUCUGGCGCAUAUCCCCGUACUCAAAUCCGUCAGCAACUAGUUCUCAACCUUGCCCUGCCAGAAGUUCAGGAGUAUAUAAUUGACUCCGUUUCCAAGAUUCUUCGUGAAUCUCCAAUUUCAUACGUCAAGUGGGAUAACAACCGUGGCAUUCACGAGACUCCGGAUGCUACCCUCAACUACAAGUACAUGGUAGGCGUCUACCAUGUCUUCGAAGUCCUGACCAGUCGGUUCCCUGAUGUUCUUUGGGAGGGCUGUGCAUCAGGCGGUGGCCGAUUCGACCCUGGAGUUCUUCAGUGGUUCCCUCAGAUCUGGACCUCCGACGAUACAGACGCAGUUGAGCGUAUUGCGAUUCAAUUUGGCACUUCACUCGUGUAUCCCCCAUCCGCCAUGGGAGCCCAUCUAUCUCACGUCCCUAACGGAAACACUCAAAGGAUUACCUCCGUAAAGUUCAGAGGCCAUGUCGCCAUGAUGGGCGGUUCCUUCGGUGUCGAGCUCGACCCAAGUGAUCUAGAGCCUGAAGAGAGGGAGCAAAUCCCUGGCCUCGUUGCAUUGUCUGAAAAGAUCAACCCCAUCGUGGUAACGGGAGAAUUUUAUCGACUCGCCCUACCUGAAGAGACUCGAUAUCCCGCUGGGCAGUUUAUUUCCGAAGAUGGCAAGAAGGUUGUUUUGUUUGCGUUCCAGACUCGCGCGACCAUCAACAACUCUUGGCCUUGGUUCCGUCUCCAGGGCUUGGAUGCAAGUGCCAAAUAUGUUGUCGAUAAGAACCAGACUAUCUCUGGCUCGACACUGAUGAACCUUGGUAUUCAGUUGCGAUUCGAGGGUGACUACGAUAGUCAGGUUUUGAUGUUGGAAAAGCAAUAA